AUGGCGUCGUCAAAUGUCGGGUUCUAUCAACGACAGAAAGAAUUACAAGCGUCACUGCACGAAAAAGAACAAGAACGCAUUCGACUUGAACAGCAGCUGUUUUUCCUAUUAAAAACAGAUAAGAGAUUAUCAAAAUUGAAAGCAGCCAAGCUUCAGAGCUAUUGGAAACGAAUAUGUUCAGAUGAGAAAAAAAGCCGACAACGAAAUGAGAAAAUUUUGCAAGAUUUUGAUAGAAUUGAGGGUCAUUUGUCCAGUGUGACACUGAGGACAGAGAAGUUGAAAAUGUUAAAGAAGCAGUAUGAAUCUCAGCUGAAAGAUAAAUACCCCAACUGGAAAUCCUUGAUAGAUCUGGAUGGGGCAGAGAAGGAUCAAAAAGAAGAAUUCGAAAGACUACAUGUACAGCAUGAGCAACAGCCUCAUCAGCAACACCCACAACCUCAGCACAAGGGCAGCUUAGGAAAACAUCAUCAUGCUGAAUUCCACAGCAACAUCAAAGCUGUCCGUGAUUUGCCAUAUACCCAUAAAACUGAUCACAACAAAAUGAAAAUGGGCAGAACUGCAGAGCUUGACAUGGCUGCAUCAGGAAGUGGAGACAAAGGGGAGAUAACUCUGGAGGAGUUGUCUAGCUCUGGCAUGGGGAGUAAGAGAGAAUUUUCUCACGAGGAUAUUUCCAGUCAGACAAUCGAGGAAGAUGAGGAUGAGUAUAAGGAAGAGGAAAAGGAGGAGCCAGGAGGAUCAAAGUACAGUUACUCCCGCCCUGCUCCUCAUCUCUUACCAUUACACCAGCAGAGACAUCAUGAACCUCAAAUUAUAGAUCACAAGCCUUCCAUGGAGACGGUGGCUGAGGAAGAGGAUGAGGAAGUGAGCGAUUACGCUGAUAUUAACGUUCCUGACGAGACACUUCCCAUCAGGCAGUUCAACACAGAUCAGCUGCGGGGCCUUGAGAACCUGUCCCUGGACGCAGCAGCACCCCUUGUGAACCCCAGCCAGCCUGAGCAACCAGAACCAGCCACACCCAGAUCUCUGCUCCGAUCAGACAGUUCCUCUAUCAAAAGUAACUCUCCCCUACCAGACCUGACACUUGAAGGAUUACUGUUCCUGCUGAAGUUUUUACAAGAGGAGAUACCCAUGGCGCCAAAUGUGGACAGCUACUACAGAUGUCAGCACCCUCCCCUCGCUGUGCGCAAGGAAAUCAUCAGACAGGCAAACUCUGGUGAGAAGCUGGAGGACUGUGAAGGGAAUGCCCUGAGUAUGGUGAUAUUAGAACAGCUCACCCUGGUGGUGAGAGAGUUCACAGGAGGCUGUCUGCUGUCUGACCGCACCCUCCUGAACACAGGCUCCUGUACAAACCAGACACAACUCAGGUCUCAGCUUCACAAGGAGAGUCAGGGAUUAUGGGAUAAGCUCUUUGAACACUUCUGUACACUGCAGAAGCACAAGGUGAUGGGGCCUCAGGAGAUAGCGGCUGUGUUUGUACCAGGUCUGGUGGCUGAUAAGUCAGAAAAUCAAGACAAGGCAUUUAGUUUGAUUGUGCGCUUGCUGGAGAACAUACCAGAGGAAGACACGCCUGAUGAUUUAUCCUCCGUGACCUUUUCGUCUCGUGGAAACAUCCUCCUUCCCGCAAGUCCCAAGAAAACAGGACCGUCUGAGGAUGUGCCACCUCUCAGCUUUGGCAGCAUGAUUGACAAACAGACUGAUGAAGAAUCAGACUUCUUUGACCAGAGUUUACCAAAAGACUCACUUCCUUUAAAUGAAACAGAGGCCUACAGAAACAUGCUGUCUGGGACAUUCUCAAGGGGUGGUGCCACGGAGCCACAGAGAGAGGAGGAUGACACUGAUGACGACGUAGAGAAACAAUUUGCCUCAGUUCUCUCUCCUCGCACGCCCAGAAGCAAAGCAGGGAGCCGGCCUAACCGUAGCCCUCGCCCUGCCGCCUUGGCGUCUGCGCCUCCCCCUGACCCUGUGCUGGAUGAUGUCAUGUCUGAGAUCAGCUCCACGUCUCCCCCAAUGUCCCCAGUCUAUACACCCACUGUUGACCAGACCAGUGGCACAAAUGCAAGCUUUAAACCUCUGGGUGGUAUGUCCAGAAAUUCAGCUCUGAAGAUUGGCUCAGACCUGGAUUCUGACACUGAUCUAGAAUUCCCGAUGUCAGGCGGCAAAUCCAAAAGCAAGGCCAGUUUGGAUGAUGACUUUGAUUUCUAUGGAUGAAUGAAUACACAGCUCCAUGUACCACGUGCCGAGUUGUUAACAAAGAAAGUUAUGCAAAUGUGCCUCCUGCUGAAUCAAACCAUAGAAAAAAGAAAGAAAAGAUAAGAUAAAUGUACAUUAGUGUAUAGGUCUGGGUAACAGCAUAAUAAUAAUAAUCUCAAACUGCAUUCCUGACUGAAACAAUAGCAUGUAUAUAUGUGCAUAAUAUAAAUCAGGCCAUGCUGUGUGCAUGAUAAUUAAUUAAUCUACCUGCUACAUGUAUAUCCAGGUAGUGUAAAGGCCUGACUGUUGAGCCUUUCUGUGGCUUAUUGUGAGUGUGGACCCUCUCAGUUUAGAGGAGUUCACUUUCGUUUAAAAACUAUCAGGAAAAGUUCCUCUUCGGAAGAACUGUGUGUAUUAUAAUAUUUUGUUGACACAGAUGUGAGUUUUUGUUAAAAAAAACUACUCUACAUUUAAAAUUUGUUUACAGUACAAGGAUUCGAUUGUUGUUGUGCAAAAAUAUAUAUAAAUUUACUCAUGGUUGUCUUCUUGAUUAAGAUUUCAGUACAGAUAAUGAGAAACUCCUGCAAAAUUUGGUAUGGAUCCAGGAUUACAAGAGAAUCCCACUCCAGUGUAAUUUAUUACAUCUUUUAUUCCUGAGUCUCUCUUGCUUGCCACAAUCAGUAUUGAAAAUCUGAAACCUUCUAUCCACACCUCCUCUUGUACUGGUGUACAGUCCAGUGUACUGUAUCUCUGCUUCGCUCAAUGUUUACUACAACAAACGUAUUAAGAUGGUAACAUUUGUUUGAUCACUGACCAGGUUGAACAGAAUUCUUCUUCUGAUUCCGAUCUCUCAGUGUCUGUAUGCUGGUUACUUUUUGUAUAACAUUCCAAUAUUGAUCUCGAGUAUUAAUACUGGAUAAAAAUUUUACGUAACAAAGAUGGAAAUCUAUGGGGUCUCACAGAAAGUUUUCCUGUUUGAUGAAACUGGCCACAAAGUAGAUCAGUGGUGAUUUCCCUAUGUGAUAUAUAAUUUAGAAUGGACAUUUUUUGGCUUGUAGCAUUGUGGUAUUACAAUCAGGUUAUAAGAUCCAUAUAAUGAUGGUGCGUGCUUAACUCGUCUUUUUUUCUUGUGAUCUCUUUACCUGUGAAUCUUUUCUGUGGGUCAACUCUGACUAAAUCUGUCAGAUGCCAUUCUCCCUGUUCAUUAGAGACCCAUGACAAGGAGUUAAAAUACUUGAAUGCAGUAGUGUCUGGUUGGGUUAUGGCUUUCGAUCAGAUUCAUGUGUUUAGUGAAGCAUAACAGUUAACCAAAGCUGAUGUCCUGCACCCAUAAACCUAACUGCUAAGAGAAAUAAUCAGAAGGCCAAAGAUAUCAUUGUUUCUAAAGAGAAAAUGGUGUAUAUUUUUUUUUAAAGUAGAUUACCUUUACAGAAAUUAUUUUAGAUAGUGCCAAACAAAAUUUAGAAUGUAGUGGAAUGAAAAAUUGAUGUACUUGGUAUGCAUAUUAGGUAGAUGUAUAAAUUGAAGCCAUGCCUUUUGUCAAACCAAGGAAGUUGGAGGCAAGUUAGAUAUCUGAAUACUUUCUUCCAAAGCUUCUAUUAAAAAAUAAAUGGCAACUUACAUGUAGUUAACUAUUUGUUUUUUCUUUUUUCAUAUAUUCAAAUGCAGUUAUGAUCAAAAUUUGAGAAUUUUUAUAUUGAUUGUAUAUCCUUCAUAAAUGAAGUGAUGGGAAUUUCCAAUCUCAUGUUUUUUUUUUGUAUUUUGUCGGGUUUUUUUUGUAAUGUUUACAAUAUUUUAUAUUUCAUAAGAAUAAAUUUUUUGCAUAAUCAAUGCGAGCUUAAAUAUUGUCUGAAUACUUGUAUAUAUCAGCCUAUUCCUGUACAUACCAUCUGACAAAAAAGCAAAAUGCUAUGUCAUAGUUCUCAAAUAAAUGAUCACACACACACACACGAACAAUGCUUCAUAGAAUUGUGUUAUAAAGGUAUACUAUGUUAGAGUUUCCCAUAAAAUGUAAUCGAGCAGGAGUGAACAAGGCCAUGUCGUAAUGCUCAAAUAAAUGAUCACACACACACAUGAACAAUGCUUCAUAGAAUUGUGUUAUAAAGGUAUACUAUGUUAGAGUUUCCCAUAAAAUGUAAUCGAGCAGUAGUGAACAAGAAGGCCAUGUCAUAAUGCUCAAAUAAAUGAUCACACACACACAUGAACAAUGCUUCAUAGAAUUGUGUUAUAAAGGUAUACUAUGUUAGAGUUUCCCAUAAAAUGUAAUCGAGCAGUAGUGAACAAGAAGGCCAUGUCAUAAUGCUCAAAUAAAUGAUCACACACACACAUGAACAAUGCUUCAUAGAAUUGUGUUAUAAAGGUAUACUAUGUUAGUUUCCCAUAAAAUGUAAUCGAGCAGGAGUGAACAAGAAGGCCAUGUCAUAAUGCUCAAAUAAAUGAUCACACACACACAUGAACAAUGCUUCAUAGAAUUGUGUUAUAAAGGUAUACUAUGUUAGAGUUUCCCAUAAAAUGUAAUCGAGCAGUAGUGAACAAGAAGGCCAUGUCAUAAUGCUCAAAUAAAUGAUCACACAUACACAUGAACAAUGCUUCAUAGAAUCAUGUUAUAAAGGUAUACUAUGUUAGAGUUUCCCAUAAAAUGUAAUCCAGCAGGAGUGAACAAAAGGAUAUGCAUGUUGGACUCAGAUUAUGUUAGGCAAGAAAGGUCCUCAUAGAGACAAAUAAGAACUUCCAAGACUAUUUGCUACAUCUUAGCAAAUCUACUUCCUUUCUUGUCUUUUUUUUUUGUCAGUUUGUGUAUAGACUAUGUAGUCUCGACUUGUCACAUUAUUUGUCAUGUACAUGUAGAUAUUUAUACGUGAUAUGCAACAGAACAAAGAACUAAUGCACCAGCAUGUCCAGCAGUGUGUUGGAUCUAGUCGUCGUUACGGGGUUGUUGUUCCCAAAAGCUCAUCAAGAACAAUAAGCUGUAUGUAGACUUCCAUGGGUAUGUAGACUUCCAUGGCAAUCUUAAAAGAGCCACAUGAUUUUGUAAUUAGGGGUAACGAAUUGUGGGAAGACCCGUCACUUAGCACUGGAUUUAUGUGAUUGACAGUUGCACCUUAUGGUGGUUUAUUUUUUUGCUAAUGUAAUACCGUCAAUGCAUUCCAAAAUUAAAAUUCAGAGGUUACUAUGUAGACAUAUACAUAGGAAAAGCUGAUUUAUUUUACAAUAUCACUUCACAACAGGUGAAUACAUUCAUGUCAAACUGAAAAAUCCAGAGUAAAGUGACGGGCCUUCCUGCAAUAUGUUGUCCCUACUGACAUAAUCUGGCGAAAAUCAAAUGCCAUUUGUAGAUUAGACUUGUUUAUGCUUCAAUUUAAUUAAUAUUGCUCAAUGUAGAUCGUAUAUAUGUCUAUAGCCAGAUACUUUUGUAAAGCUAAAAUAAAAACAAAAAAACACAUUA